GAGCUCACUGCUGUCUUCCCUUUCUCCGCCACUGGCCUCUUUUCAGUUUUCUCCCCUCAGCUCUCUUGUUUCUUUCCAUCCGCUUCUCGCCCUGUGGAUUUCUUUCCCCCCCGUCUCUCUGGGAAAACCUUCGCAGAGCGGAGCGGCGCUGUCGUGACUCGCCGGCUGCCACUGCAAGGGAAGGAGAGAACAGGAGGAAGAAGAGAAAGAGAGAGAAGCUGAGACAGACCAAUCGAUUACCCUGAUAGAGGAGAGAGGCGCUGGGAGAGAAGAGGCGAGGCAGUAGCGGCAUUUUUCCUUGCACGUUGUGGUUUAUAAGAACAUUUUCUUUGCGUGGGAGUCUUCUGAAGCAUUUGAUUCACGUCCUUUCUUUGGGAAGAGAGAGGACAGCAAAUUGAAGGGACAGCUGGUGCAGUUCGAGGACCCUUCUUUCCUCCCCGCUUCAGCCACAACAGCCAAUAUUUGAGACUUGGGAGGAGGGCCGCUUUUAAAUGAGAAGUUCAAUGUUUACUAAGUAAUUUAUCUCCAUUCUGAAUGAUAAUGCUGGACACCAACCACUGCCUGUCCUUUGAACCCUCCCCCCCGGGCUCUCCUCCAGUGGGAGAAGACAUGGAGAAGGCAGGACUGACACUGGAUCAUGACAGACAUGUCUAUCACAGCCUGAAAGAAGUCCUCCAGCUCAAACUCCAGCAGAGACGCACACGAGAGGAACUGGUCAGCCAAGGGAUCAUGCCACCACUGAAGAGCCCGGCAGCCUUUCACGAACAGCGGAGGAGUCUGGAGCGAGCAAGGACCGAGGACUAUCUGAAGAGGAAGAUCCGGAGUCGUCCUGAGCGCUCUGAGCUGGUCAGGAUGCACAUUUUGGAGGUGUCCUCCACAGAGACGUCGGCAGAGCCGUCCCUGCAGGCCAAGCAGCUGCAGCUGAAGCGAGCGCGACUGGCAGAUGACCUCAACGACAAGAUCUCCCACAGACCAGGUCCCAUCGAACUGGUUCACAAGAACAUCCUGUCUGUCAACUGCCCUGUGCACUCACCGCUGGAUUCUCCAAAGGGAGCUGGGGGAGAGAGCUCGUCUUUAGAUGAAGACAGCAGUGACGCUCUGUCACCAGACCAGCUAACCAAUCACGACUCUCCUCUGAGUGCCGUCCCUCAGCUGUCCCCGCCUGAUGUGCUCACCCAAAAUGGCGAUACGUCCCCCCCACAGUUCAUUACACAGUCCCCUCCUCCUCCUCCUCCUCCACCGCCUCCACCACCUCCUCCACAGGUGAAUGGGUCAGACUUCUCCCCACUCCCAAAAGUGACAAAUGGAACAACGGUGACCUCCACAAACUCCCGCUCCUCUACUGGACACAUCAAGACUCAAUCUAAGACGAGUUCAGACCGUCCUCCGCAGAGACCUAAGAAACCAAAGGACAGCAAACCUAAGGUGAAGAAGCUGAAGUACCACCAGUACAUCCCACCAGACCAGAAGGCAGACAAAGAGCGUCCGCCCCAGAUGGACUCCUCCUAUGCAAAGCUCCUCCACCAGCAGCAGCUCUUUCUGCAGCUGCAGAUCCUCAACCAGCAACAGCAGCACUACAAUUACCACACCAUCCUGCCCGCCCCUCCCAAGCCACCAAAUGAACAUCCUCCCACAACCAGCUCUGGCCCGUCCCCCUCCCGCAGUGUUCCCACAACAACCACCGUUGCCUCCUCCAAUCAAAGCGGGACCCCUCGUCAGAGCCAAGCAGUGGGAGGAGCCAAACCAACCACUCUGCCAGCAAACCUGGAUGAGUUCAAAGUUGCUGAGUUAAAACAGGAACUGAAAUUGCGUGGUUUGACCGUGUCAGGCACCAAGAACGAUCUCAUUGAGAGGCUCCGCAACUAUCAGGAGCAACAUAGCGGCACCGCGGUGGUUUUGAAAAAUGGCACAUCACAGCCCAGCCACCAGUGCACGACCUCGGCUGCUAGCACCAUCACAUCCUCUCCAACCACAACGACCACCCCUGACCACCAAUCAGGAGAGGGGAUGUUUAAGUUAGCUUUGUCAUCAUUGGCUCAGGUGGUUCCAGGGCGGGUCAUGCGAUUUGGCAGCACCAGCUCCAGCCCUCCGGUGUCCCCUACGCCGUCUGAGAGGUCGUUGGCUGGGAUGAGUCCAGAUGAGACAAGUUGUAAUGGAGACAUGUUUGGAGAGAUGGUGAGCUCUCCCCUGACCCAACUCACCCUACACCCAUCGCCUCAGCACCCACCAAACCUCUCUCCACGCUCACAGCCUCUCUCCAAGGUCAAAGAGGAGGUCCAGAGCUCAUGCUGCCACUCCAGGCCUUCAACCGGCUCAGGUCAGCCUCCAGAGCCCCCUGCCAUGGACACAUCCUCCUUGGACAAGGACCAGAUGCUCCAGGAGAAGGACAAACAGAUUGAGGAGUUGACCAGGAUGCUGAGGCAGAAGCAGAGGCUGGUGGAGACCCUCAGAUCCCAGCUGGAGCAGGGCAAAGUGACCGGUGCAAUAGUGUUGGAGAAGGACGGAAGUGAGAAGAGCAGAACAUCCCAAGAGGUUAAACUUCAAACUCUGAUAAAAGCCUCGGCCAUUCAGCCACCAACUCUCCCCAACGGCAUCUUGGUGAAGGUGAAGAAAGAGGUGGAUCCUGAGGAUGGGAUGGAGGGAGUGACAGAGGAGGCCCAAGCAAAGAAACUGGCCCAGCCGAUGCAGUGUUCUCAAGAGACUCUGCUCAGGCUACAGCAGAUUCACCGGCUGCAGCUCCAACAAGCUGAACAGCAGAAACAGACGCUGCAGCAGGUGCAACUGCAGAAAGUGGCAGAGGCAAAGUCGAACCCUCAAAAGCUACAACAGCAGAGGAAAGAAGCACAAAUCCUGCUCCAGCAGCAGCAGCAACUGCAGCAGCUUAUCAUCCAGCAGACCCAACAGAAACAGCUCCAGGCCCAGCAGAAGUUAGCACAGCAGAAACUUGCCCAACAAAAACUCAGUCAACAGAAACUGGUGCAGGAGAACCAGGUCAAACAAACCCAAGGGCAAGUUCAACAGAGUCAGCAGAAAAACACAGUUCAGCUGAAGCAGGUUCAGGUGCAGAUCCAGAAGCCUGCAGUGAACCAAACCCAGCAGAGGAGGCAUCUGAAGGCUCAGCAGAGGCAGCAGCAGAGGCAGCAGACGGCAGCUGUCACCACACAACAGGUGAACCCAGUUUUUGUCAACCAGCAGAACGGCGCUCAGAUCCAGACUCAGGCCAUUUCAUUAGACCUCCUUAAGGCAAAUGGCACGCCGACACUGGUCACCGACAGCAACGGCAACCACUACCUGAUUGCUCUCACCAAUCACACCACAGACGGACAGAACGGAGUGUCCUCAUUGGCCAAAACCAACGGACGCAUCACACUGCAGAGAUUGCUGUCGACUCCAAGUAAACUCCCCAGCACUGACAGCCAAUCAAAAGAGCAGCCAGAGGCCGAGCCCGUGAGCCAGCCAAUCAAAAAGGGACAGAAGGCGGGGCUACACCUGGACACCAAUGGCGUGCCACAGCCCAGCCUGUCCGUCACCGCUCCGCCCAGUCUGCAGCCUUUCUUUGAUGACAUGUCAGACAGCGAAAGCCAAAGCAACUUAAUCUCAUCUCUCAAGAGAGAGGAGGUGUGUCCGCCUUACGACCGGCACACACUGUUCACCCCUCCCUCUCCCAAACCCAGCACUUCCCUUCCUACUCAACGCUCCAAACAGGAGAAUGGCGUGAACAGUCAGCAGAUGGACGACCUGUUUGACAUCCUGCUGAAGAGUGGAGAACUCCCCGGCUUCAAGGCCAACCCGGACCCUUCCCUCGCCCCUCUCCACUCUGACCCGCCCUCCCCAUCUUCUCCCCAAACUCCCCUCCACCUCUCCCCUCCAACCCCUACAGAGCCCCUAAUCUCCCCUCAGCCUUCUGUGGGAGAGCCCUGCACAGGCAGCGGACGCCUGGAAGACUUCCUGGAGAGCACCACAGGCGCCCCCCUGCUGGGCGUGGAGCCCGACGGGGGCCUGACACUGAUCGACGACCUUCACAGCCAGAUGCUGAGCACGCCCAGCAUCCUGGACCACCCUCCCUCCCCCAUGGACACGUCCGACCUGGGCUUCUCCCCUCACUCUACUGGGCUGGACUUUUGCGACCCCACACUGGACAGCAUGGACUGGCUUGAUAUCUCCAUGGUGGGGACCGCAAGUGGAGGGAGCGGAGGUAGCGGAGGGGGGAGAGGAGGAGGAGGAGGAGGAGGAGGGGGGAGUCUGGUCCCGCUGGCACCGCACACUCCACAGAGCGUCUUCUCGACAGAUUUUCUGGACAGCACAGACCUGCAGCUGCACUGGGAGUCAUGUCUGUAGCCCGUCACGCAGAUGGACACGCGCUGGCUCACACUGUGUACAGGCUCCAUCUUUAUUUCACGCACAUACAGAAACCUUUUCUAUGCUGUCUCUACCACUGCGGGGGUCACUGGCACAUGCAAACACACACUCACACACACCCAUUUACACAGUUUGCCCUGUCUUUCACUGCUGUUACUGUAUGCAGGAUGAUGUGAAAUAGGAAAGAAAGAUAGAAGUUAAAUUCAAAGAAAGGACUUGAACUUGGUGGAAUUGAAGUGGACUUUUUAAAGUUUAUUUCUAUGGGGUUCCAUACAGCAGACUUUCCUGUGUCCUGACUGGCAUUAUAACCAGGUUACAGUGACCAGCAGGAAACUGCUGGUCACUGUAACCCGACAUUUCAACCCUUGGAAACCGUUUGACAGAUUAUAGCCAAGGGGACUGUCAGUGACGUUUACUCGGGCUCUUUGAGAUAGCAGAGUGUGUGUCAGUGCCUCCUAAACUUUGCACUUAUGCUGAAUCUGAUUGGUUUAAAGGGGGUGUUCAGGUCAACAGCCGAAUCCUAAAGCUGUGUGAAAGCCACCACUGUUAUGAUGAUCAGCUGAGCUGUUGAUUGUGUGAAAAGAAAGGCAGCUGUUGGUGACCUCGUCACCCCACCGUGGCAACCUGAACCCCGCCCACACUAGUCAAAAAACCGUCAUUGGUUGACAGUUGCAAUUGAAAUGCACCAUAUCAGUGGCAAUUCAACAUUUUGAAAUGAAGCCUCAUUGGAGGUUGUGUAUUAUUGGUAACAUUAUGGUAGACCACUAUGUAUUGCUGUAUAUGGGGUGUAUAUUAUCAAUCGUCCAUAUGACUAUUUUUCUUUGCUGGUUGCUUUACAGUCGAGCUAGCCGGCUGAGGAACAUAGGGUAAGGACCUUGUCAUUUUUUAAAGAAAAAGUUAAAAAAAUAAAAAUAAACUCAAAAGAUGA